UAGUUACAGAGCAAGUGAGUUGUGUUUUUUUGUCAAAAGUGAUAGUAGUAACAUGUAAAGUACAUACUUUUCUGCAUAUUACUAUUUGUUGUGAAAUCAGAAAGGGACAGAAGUCAGAAACCUUGCAGGAUAAUUUAGGUAUUUUCCUCCAACUUGAAAUUGGAAAUAUAGCGUACCAGACAGCAGAUUCUUACUGAAGAGGACAUGGCUUCGACAUUAAGUCAGAGAGCUUCAGCAGGGUCUGAGGUGCUCUGCAGUCUGCACAGUGAGAAACUCAAGCUCUUCUGUCUGGAGGAUAAACAGCCUGUGUGUGUGGUGUGUCAGGCUUCAAAGAAACACACCAACCACAAGUUCCAACCUGUAGAUGAAGCGGCAGCUGACCUUAAGGAGAACCUCAAGAGUGAACUACAAUUCACACAGGGGAAGUUGAAGGUCUUUGAAGAGGCAACACUCAACUGUUACAAAACAGCAGAGCACAUUAAGGCUCAAGUCCAAAGCACAAAGAGGCAGAUCAAGCAGGAGUUUGAGAAGCUUCACCAGUUUCUACGAGAUGAAGAGGCAGCCAGGAUAGCUGCACUGAAGGAGGAAGAGAAGCAGAAGAGUCAGAUGAUGAAGGAGAAGAUUGAGAAGAUGAGCAGGGAGAUCUCAUCUCUUUCAGACACAAUCAGAGCCAUACAGGAGAUUGGGGGUAGUGAUAUCACAUUAUUACAGAGCUACCAGAGCACAGUGGAAAGAGCCCAGUGCACACUGCAGGAUCCAGAGAGGGUUUCAGGAGCUCUGAUCAACGUGGCAAAGCACCUGGGCAACCUGAAGUUCAGAGUCUGGGAGAAGAUGAAGGACUUAAUUCAAUAUACCCCUGUGAUUCUGGAUCCCAACACUGCAAACGCGCAUCUCAGCCUGUCUGAGGACCUGACCAGUGCAAGAUACAGCGAGGAGAGACAGCCGCUUCCAGAGAACCCAGAGAGAUUUCAGUUGGCUGGCAGUGUGCUGGGCUCUGAGGGCUUCAACUCAGGGACUCACUGCUGGGACGUGGAGGUUGGGGAGAACACACUGUGGGCUGUGGGCGUGAUGACAGAGUCUGGCCGGAGGGUAAAAGGAGACGUGGUCUCCAGGCGUGGACUGUGGUAUAUUUGGUUCAGCAAUGGUCAGUAUGGAGCACGGUCUCCAUCGCAGUCCCACACACCUCACCUUGGCUCAACUCUUGGGGGUGUUAGAGUAAAGACUACAAGUGGGCUUGGUACAGGCGUGGUAGGCUCUGAUACCUCUAGCGAAUGUCCUGCACCAGACCGAGAGACUCCCUUAAGUGUGCAUGGGAGACUCCAGAGGAUCAGAGUGCAGCUGGACUGGGACAGAGCACAGCUGUCGUUCUCUGACCCUGAUAAUAACACACACCUACACACUAUCACACACACAUUCACUGAGAGAGUGUUUCCAUACUUUGAGUGUCCGCACUCUAGGAUCGUGCCACUGAAUGUCUCUGUAGCACUGGAAAAGUUACAGACACAACAGACAGGCCAUGGUCUCUUUGGCUCUUCCACAGGCAUACUUACCUGGCAGGGGUGAUACAAUGAUCAGGAAGGUUGUUUGCCCAGGGCGAGGCUCGGCCAUUGCACACCGGCCGUGCUGACCCCUGCGAAUGGCGAUGUGCAGAAUAGCAAAAAUGCUGUGGUUGAUAUUUUAAAGUGUCCACCUUUGCUAUUCUGAGGUGAUUUUAAGCCAGUGUUCCAUAGAUAGCUGCAGCUAACGCUACCGGUAAAAUGAAUGGACAGAUGUGAUUUUCAUUCAAACUAAAUAAUCGGUAGCUCUAAACUUAAAACCCAAGCCAUUUUCUAUGUGUCUUCAAUGUUUUAAAUGUAAUCAUAUAUAGUUUGCUUACCUCAAAAGGUUGUAAAAGCUAGCUAGCUUAGUCUCUCGAUCGGUAGUACGUCCUUCUCGGUAGGUGAUCAGGGACAGAAAGAGGUCGAUCGUGAGAGUAAAAAAACGUAAUGAAGAAAAACCAGACAAAACUAAAGUACGAAAAACUCAAAAUGUAUCACCUUUCUGGGGCAAAAAUCAGUCUGGGCAGGAAAAGUAUCGUUUUCCGCGAUGUAUUUUUUUUUUGACGGGAGCUGUCAAAAGACCGGUCUGGGGGCGUUGAUUGCUCAUUUGCAUAUCAUACAUUUGAUUGGUAGUCUACGUUGGCCGCUGAACGUAGACAGUUUGGCCCUCUGGUUGGCCAACUGUCUACGUUCAACGUAGACACUAGGCCAAUGACGGGCCGUAACUGUCUACGUUGAACGUAGACAGUUGCACUUCAGUGAGGGAAUCUUCUGCGAAUGAAAUGCACUAUGUAAAUAAAGUUGACUUGACUUGACUCAAGAGCUAGAGUCUGCUGUGUCCUUCCCUGUAAAUCCUUGAAACCAUGUGAAAUUACACAAAAUCCAGGAAAAUGGUUGCUGCACCGACUCUGAUUUUCCUCAAUGUUUACACAAUUAUUACAUAAUUAAAACCUGUAAAUUUUUUUUGUUCAAUGUGCUCGUUAGUCUUUUGCCCUUGACUGUUUACAUUCUCUAAAAGGCCUUAUGUUGGAUGGAAACUCUAGAAUAGAAGACUACAUAUUCUCAGUAAGAUUCAACCAUUAAACGUUUGUACCACAGUCUCAUUGGUUUUAUUGAAGUCCCUAUUUUCAGGAAACUACGGUGGUGUAUUGCUGUCAC